AAUUUAAAUAAAUAACACUUUGCUUUCAUUAACUCAACUUUUAUUCUAGCGAUACUUAUAACAGAAUGACUACUCUGGUUCCACACACGAUAAUAUUUUGGAUACUUGGUGGGAUGGGUGGGGUGCACUCUCAAGUUGUUACUAUUAGAAUGGGAAUAUUGCUAUCUGGUGACGGUUGGAAGACUGGAAAUGAUUCUUACCCAGCAGCAGAAAUAGCAAUAAAGGACUUGGAGGAAUAUUCAAAAAGCUGGGAUAGACCUCUAAAGAUAGAAACGAAGAUAGAGAUAACAUACUGCAGUGAAUCUGCUUCAUACGCAGCCGCACAUAAUCUUCUAGAAUGGGGGGCACAGGUUAUCAUAGGACCAGCUUGCACGACGGCCUGUAUACCAGUUAGUCUCAUGGCAAAGGAGUACAAUGUACCAGUAAUAUCCUACGCCUGCUCUGGGACAAUAUUAAGUCAAAAGGAAAUAUAUCCCAACUUCGCAAGAUCAUCAGAAUCGUUGAGCGGUGCUAGUACAUUACUAAUGAAAGUGUUUGGGCGAUGGGACUUUAAGCUAUACAGCAUUAUGACAACAACUCAAAAAAUAAAUGUAGACCUUGCCAUAGACUUUGUGACGCAAAUGAGAGAUGCCACUGCAUUAGGAAUAGAAGAAAACGCUGAAGACCGCUUCAAAUUGAAGCAGUUAUCUACGGUAGUGGCGAGUCUAGCAGUACAAGACGAUGCCAUUCAGGAAGGGACAAAGGAACAACUUGACUCAUUCUUAUCGGACGCCUGGGUUUUCUUCAUACCUACGUACGAUGGUGACGCAAAUUUCAUUUUGGAGAAUGCUGCGAAAGAAGUUGCUGAUACGUUUGGCGUGGAUAAGACUGAAGCCUGGCAGAAAACCAACUACGCUUGGUUUAGAUAUCAAAGUUUCGUCCAGUCGGAAUAUAAAGAUUACUACGAGAAUGUUUUUUCUUUGGAAAAUGAUACCCCUCACAAAAGCUUUCCGGCAGCUUACGAUGCAUUCUUGGCGAAAUUUGAAGAUCAGGAUGCGGUGUUAAAGGGCAAGCCAGAGGCAGUGAAGCUAUACCUGGCAUACAUGUACAAUGCAAUUACCGCUUGGGGUACAGCAUACAAGAAAACUGGGGCCACUUACAGUGAAAGAGAUUGGAAAUACGAAGCUAUAAUUGGGCAGUUAAGCGACCUUGAGUAUACGGGUGCAUACAGGUUAGAAACGCUAAACGAUAAAGCGGAACCAGCUAACGCCAUCUGGAACCUGAGACAGUACCAGGACGGAGCGUUUGUAGACGUGGUUACCCAGCACUUGGAGGAUCCGGGCAUGUUUACUGUUCACAACGACAAAGUCAGAUGGCCGAACGAUAAGAAAGUGGACCCGUGUGAAGAUAACCGUUGUCUCACAGCGGGUACUGACAACACAGUACUAUUUGCAGUGGUGGGUAUCUGCGUGGUUCUGGUGGUGGCGGUGAUUGCUGCUGCAGGGUUCAUCAUCCACAGGCAGAGAACCAGGAACAAUGAAGAUAGGAAGGUCGAGUGGAAGAUUCCCUUUAGUGAGCUGGACUUUGCUGUGAAGAAAAGUGUGUCUGGAAGCAGGAAGUUUGGGGUUGAUGACAAACCAUCAGAUAUAUCUGUUGCCAGAUGGAAUCAUACCUUCGUUGUGGUUAAAAAUCUCACCGUCGCAAACAUAACUAUCACCAAGGAGACUCUGGAGGAUAUUUACGUGAUAAAGAAAGAGACUCAUCCAAACUUGGAAGCGUUUUACGGAUUAUGUGACGACCCUGGAUACUGUUCAGUGAUCACUGAGUACUGCUCUAAAGGUUCUCUUGAGGACCUAGCUCAUAAUGAUAACGUGCAUCUUGACUGGAUGUUCAAACUCUCUCUAGUAAUAGAUGUUGCUAAGGGUUUGAGGUAUCUUCAUAACUCUACGUUUGGUUACCAUGGAAACCUGAGGACCUCGAACUGUAUAGUAGACAGUCAUUGGGUAUGUAAAGUAGCAGAUUUUGGUUUGAAGAACAUGUACAGAGAAUUUGAGGACACAAAGCAAGAGAAACCAAUGAAUAAAGGUGCGAACGUGAGAGAGGGCACAUCGGAAAAGGAGAGAUUAAUAUCCGGAAAAGGUAAUGGUGUUUUCAAUCUCACUUCCUAUUCCUCGAAGGAUGGGGGCCUCAAAACGUCAACUGUUCCCACGCAUCAUUUGUUUUACGCCGCCCCGGAGAAACUAUGGCCGAGCUCCAAGGAAAGAUCACCGAAGGAAGUCCAGAAGUGUGACACAUACAGUUUCUCAAUUGUCAUGUUCGAACUGUUUGCAAGAGAGGCUCCUUAUGACACCGCUGAAAUUCUUCCUGAAAAAAUAAUACAGAAAGUACGAAAUCGAGAAUCGCCGCCGUAUAGGCCUAAUUUGGAGCUUAUGCAUAUUACAGACAAAACAAGCUAUGAGCAAGUGGGAGCAGAAGACUCAGCUAAUGCAGUACCAGCAGAAGCAAUAGAGCUGAUGAAGCAGUGUUGGAGAGAGAUGCCUUUUGAGAGGAAUAAUAUGAGUGAUACUGUACAAGCCUUGGAAGACAUGAACCCAGACAGGUCACUGAGUAUCACAGACCGAGUGGUGAAGAUGAUGGAGAAGUACUCGGAGGACCUGGAGAACAAAGUGGCAAUGAAGACGCACCAGCUGCGGAGUCAGCAGGCUGGCAAGAGCCUUUCUAAAUACCUGCCCAGGAAGGUAAUAGACCAGAUAGAGAAAGGUUUGGAAGUGGAGAAGGCAGAGAACAAGUACAUUACGGGAGCAGCAGUGAAGGUAAAGGUGCUGGAGGAGAGAGAUCAGAUAGCUGCUAUUAACGCUUACGAGGAACUCAACCAUACGGAGGUGGUCACCAGGGAUAUCUAUCAGGUGGUGGACAGUAAUGGACACACCGUCGUGAUAUCGGGCCUUUACAACGAGGAAGCAGCACCUCACCAGAUGAUGGAAUACGCACGAACCCUUCUAAGGGAGGCGUCCGAGAAGAAUAUCACGAUAAAAGUGGCUCUUCAUUCAGGUGUAGCAUCAGGCGGAUUGAUUCUGGCAGACACUUCCAAUCCUCGACUUUGCAUAACCAGCAAUUUAGCGACACAACUUGAUGCUCUCUUGGAAAACGCCAACUUUGGAGACAUAAUCUUGACAGACACCGCAAGAAAAGACAUUCCGGAAGAUAUGCAAAUAAAACCACAUGGAGAACUUAAACUUCUGGGUGAAUCAAUCGAAACGUUUCUACUACAGACGGCAACUACGACGACUACGACGACUCAGUCUGAGUCGCCAGUGGAGGAAAUUAAUCACAGGAUCGAACCUGUAGCGACCAAACAGAUUCCUAAUGGGACAGAUUCGAAACACAUUGUAUAAUUAUUCAGUAACAUUUCCAUUACCUCUGGAAAGUCACAAAAAAUCGGAGAUUCUCAAAGUUUUGCUUACCGUGGUUAAGACGUUCACUCGCAGCUUGCGACCUUGCGUGUCCUUCAAAGUUCGAUUGCCUGAUUCAAGUUAAUUUCUUUACUUACCUAACCCUCGGUCCCUCGGUGGUGACGCCAUGGUAAGGGAUUACGUCAACUUUAAAAUUAUUAUCUUAUAUCAUGUCAGAACGAUUAGUUUGGUAUAACUUGAUGAGUGGGGUAGGUGGCUAUUGCUAAAAAAGUAUUAAGUAUUGCCCAGCUUUGAUGUGAAUGGAUGGCGUAGCAUUAGAAAAAGGUCCUUCAACUAUUAGAAACCGAUAAAUUUGUAUUACCCGUUAAGUUGAGUGCAAUAAGUUGUAAGCAUGAGUAAGACGUAUCAAUUGUUGUUUUUUAUUUCUUAUAGUUAGUAAAAGUUUAACAGGACUAUCAUUAAGGAAGUCUCUGCAUUUAAAUUUUGUUUGUGAUGAAUUACAUUCAAAGGUGAUAAUUUUUUUAUUUUUGUGAUCAUGUCUUGACACUUGAUCGAGAAAUCGAUUUACAAGUUUGAUAUUAUCGUUAUUUUCUAAAACUUAUUUUGAUUCUAUGUUGAUGGUUUACUGCACCAAAAGUUAAUAUGAGAUACUGUUUUUAUUUCAAUCAUAACAUUAACAUGAAAAUGAGCUAUUUUUAUUUAAACAGAUUUAUUUGUAUGAUAUUC